ACAAAACGUGUGGUUUUCCCGUCAGCCAUAUAAGUGUUCCUGUAAACAGGAUUUAACCAAACAUAAUUGUCGACAUUUUGUACGUUUCCAGUGAUAAGGUAUGACGAGGCCAUAAUGAGGGGCACGAAGUUGACAGUGGUCAGGAGGAUACGACAGCGAAUAGAAUAGCAGAUUACUGAUGCCAAAUAUUAUAUUACGCCCUGUAGGUUACUGAUAAAUACAGCUGCGUGUGAGGGAGCAGCUUCGGUCCACCACAGUGCGCGCAAAUGGCACGAGUGGUACCUAGUUGCGCCAUGCUCACCUCUGCCAUUGUAGUCGCGCUUGUGUGCGGAUUCGGCUGGGGACCCCAGAGCGCUGGUGCCGGCGAGGUUAGCUCAAGUUCGGCUCCAGCACAACCAUCGUCAUCCCUGCCCACAGUAGAUGCGCCCAGCCCUGCAGAUGUAUGGCCUCCAUCCCCUUCGCCUCCUUUGGCCGGCCCACCCCAAGUGGGCAUGCCCAUGAGACCUCCCCCGUUGGAGACUUCACAGCAACCAACCGCUCAAAGCCCUGCGUACCCUCCAACUCCGCUACCAGCUGGGCCACUCACCGUGCCACCACCAGCCCCCCACCCUGUCCUCCCACCACCACCCUUCCCAGAGCCGCCCAUUCUACUGCCGCCUCCAUCCCCCACACCACCAUUCCCCCUGCCCGGCCUACCGCCUUUAAACCCUCCUUCUCCCUCCCCUCCUCCUCCUACCGAUCCACCGCCUCCAUCACCUAAUCCACCGCCUCAUCUACCCAAUCCACCUGCACCCAAACCCUCUCCACAACCUCCACCUCCACCUCCCAGUCCACCCACUCCACCCAGUCCGCUGCGCCCACCGGGGAAACCCUAUCCACCCAGGAAACCCAAACCCCCCCCCAGAACACCCCGUCCACCACCGCCCCUACCUCCCGAUUAUGACUAUGCCCCUGAUUAUUACAACGAAAUAUGGAGCACCGCGCGACCGCCGCCUUCUCCUGUCCCUCCUUUCCCGCCACCGCCAUCACCCGUGCCACCGUUUCCUCCGCCCGGCCCACCGGCGCCUCCUCCCCCAGAUCCAUCGCCGCCUCCCCCUCGCCGUCCCAGGCGGCCGACCUGGCCCCCAGCGCACCCAUAUCCACCUUCUCCAUCGCCUCCGCCAGAUCCCCCGCCACCCCCGCCAAGACCUCCACCUCCGAGUCCGCCACCACCGCCACCUUCGCCGGUCCCUCCUUUCCCGCCCCCACCAUCCCCAGUGCCGCCUUUCCCUCCGCCCGUACCACCCUCGCCGACUCCUCCUCCUCCCCCACCCCCACCGCCGCCACCGUCCCCACCGUCCCCACCGGACAUUCCGCCCCCGGACCCGCCUUCACCCGCGCCUCCCAAGAGGCCGCCACCUAGCCCGAGGCCACCCAAGCCACCCAAGCCGCCUCCACGACUGCCGCCACCUUCCCCACCAGCCCCGCCUAAGCCACCCCCACCACUGCCUUCACCCAUGCCCCCGUCUCCUCCUUCGCCUUCGCCACCUUCCCCUUCACCCCUCACGCCACCUCCCUCUCCAGCGCCUUUCAACCCACCGACACCCUCACCACCCCCUCCCUCACCCCCGCCUUCACCCCUACCCCCGCCUCCUCCUUCGCCGUCGCCACCUUCUCCUUCACCCCUCACGCCACCUCCCUCUCCAGCGCCUUUCAACCCACCGACACCCUCAGCACCCCCUCCCUCACCCCCGCCUUCACCCCUACCCCCGCCUCCUCCUUCGCCUUCGCCACCUUCCCCUUCACCCCUCACGCCACCUCCCUCUCCAGCGCCUUUCAACCCACCGACACCCUCACCACCCCCUCCCUCGCCCCCGCCCUCACCCCUACCCCCGCCUCCUCCUUCGCCUUCGCCACCUUCCCCUUCACCCCUCACGCCACCUCCCUCUCCAGCGCCUUUCAACCCACCGACACCCUCACCACCCCCUCCCUCACCCCCGCCUUCACCCAUGCCCCCGCCUCCUCCUUCGCCGUCACCACCUUCCCCUUCACCCCUCAAGCCACCUCCCUCUCCACCCUAUCCACCCAGGAAACCCAAACCCCCCCCCAGAACACCCCGUCCACCACCGCCCCUACCUCCCGAUUAUGACUAUGCCCCUGAUUAUUACAACGAAAUAUGGAGCACCGCGCGACCGCCGCCUUCUCCUGUCCCUCCUUUCCCGCCACCGCCAUCACCCGUGCCACCGUUUCCUCCGCCCGGCCCACCGGCGCCUCCUCCCCCAGAUCCAUCGCCGCCUCCCCCUCGCCGUCCCAGGCGGCCGACCUGGCCCCCAGCGCACCCAUAUCCACCUUCUCCAUCGCCUCCGCCAGAUCCCCCGCCACCCCCGCCAAGACCUCCACCUCCGAGUCCGCCACCACCGCCACCUUCGCCGGUCCCUCCUUUCCCGCCCCCACCAUCCCCAGUGCCGCCUUUCCCUCCGCCCGUACCACCCUCGCCGACUCCUCCUCCUCCCCCACCCCCACCGCCGCCACCGUCCCCACCGUCCCCACCGGACAUUCCGCCCCCGGACCCGCCUUCACCCGCGCCUCCCAAGAGGCCGCCACCUAGCCCGAGGCCACCCAAGCCACCCAAGCCGCCUCCACGACUGCCGCCACCUUCCCCACCAGCCCCGCCUAAGCCACCCCCACCACUGCCUUCACCCAUGCCCCCGUCUCCUCCUUCGCCUUCGCCACCUUCCCCUUCACCCCUCACGCCACCUCCCUCUCCAGCGCCUUUCAACCCACCGACACCCUCACCACCCCCUCCCUCACCCCCGCCUUCACCCCUACCCCCGCCUCCUCCUUCGCCGUCGCCACCUUCCCCUUCACCCCUCACGCCACCUCCCUCUCCAGCGCCUUUCAACCCACCGACACCCUCACCACCCCCUCCCUCACCCCUGCCUUCACCCCUACCCCCGCCUCCUCCUUCGCCUUCGCCACCUUCCCCUUCACCCCUCACGCCACCUCCCUCUCCAGUGCCGUCACAGACACCCUCACCACCCCCUCCCUCACCACCGACCCUAAUGCCGCCGAGUCCUCUACCACCCUCACCGUCACCCCCCACACCUCCACCACCCUCACUGUCACCACCCUCACCGUCACCACCCUCACCUCCACCACCCUCACCGUCACCACCCUCACCGUCACCACCCUCACCGCCACCCCCCACACCGCCACCCCCCACACCGCCACCACCCUCACCGCCACCACCCUCGCCAGACCACCCGAACCCACGACCUCCCUCACCAUCAAUAAUCCCGCCACGGCCUCCAACACCCCCAGUACCGCCGCCACCACCGCCACCGCCACCACCGCCACCGCCGCCACCACCAUCACCUUUACCACCCUCCCCGCCACCACCGUCCCCCCGGCCACCUAUCCCAACACCGCCGGCCCCCACCGGCAGCACACAAGCCCUGCCGGGCGCCAACCCGCCUCCAGCUUUGCCUGCUGAAUGCAUGUCCUUCACAGCCUCAACCUCCGCAUGGUGGGUUGCGGCUCCUGCUCGCAGUCGGGCGGCUUUCUUCGUCGUCCUUGACGUCCCCGGAGCGCCCACAAGCUUCUGUGCAAUGUGCGGCUGCGGCCUGACACCGCUCGCAGCCACCCCACCAGUCGCCGAUUUGGAAGCGGGUGUGCGGAUCAGCCGUCUCGGGUCCAACAGCGCAACAGGAUCAUCAUCCCUCAGCAUGGAGGUGGGGCCCCAGAUGAGCGACUUGCCUGGAAACCGCACUACUAGCAGUGCUGCAGCAAUUGAGGCCGCGUGGAGUGUACGGAGCGACGUUGAAGACACCCUGCUUUUCCGGAUCCAAGCUGGCACUCGAAUGGCUGAGAUCCGGGUUCUGGUUGACCUCACGCCGCCCCAAGUGAGCGCUCGAAUCACGGACUCCCGAGAAGUGGAGGAGCGAGUCGAGCCAGCCGCCGCCUGGGAGAGCCAAAUGCGGCGGGGCAAAGGGCGUCGGGCAGUGGUCCUGGAGCUCUCCUUCAGCGAGCAGCUCAGCCCCGACUUUGACCCUGCUGCUGCACUGAAGAUCAGCGGGGUCUUCAUCACGGAGUGGCUUGCGUCGCCUGACAACACCACGUACUACGUCCUUGCAGUGGGUACUGGCGAGGGCACCCCGAGUUUUGUGCUGCCGGCAGAGGCCUACCGUGACCUGGCGGGCAACCCCGGCUUUAACAGCGUCAACGUCACCUGCAACACGACAUCACCGCAAGUCCUGGAUUCCAACGUAGAGGGCAUCUUAACUAACACCUCGCUUGCAGCAUCCACACUCAUACCUGCCGCUGCCGGGCUUUCUGGCCUGGUUUCAGGAGUUUCCGAUUCGCUCGCCAGGGCCCUUUUCGGCCGGGGGACGCUGCUGCAAACCAGCUAUCACCUACAGAUGAUGGCUAUGUCGGCUUACAUGGCUUCCCCUGGAGUGGGAGACGUGUACAACAAGUACGCAUCAUACCUCAGGUGGAGUCUGCUAAGCUGGAAGGGGCACUUGGAGGCGUUCGACUCGAGGUUUUCCAACACAGAGGUUGUUGUGAAUGCUACAGCAUUCGCCAGGGACAACAUGCUAGGCGCCUGGCCAGUGGCCGCCCACCCCCGGCCGUACCCGCCACCCACGACCUUCUGGCUGCCCCCACCUCCACCUCCUCCCACACUCUCGCUGCCGGGCGUCUAUGCAGAAGGGCUUGGUGCGGCAGGCAACGCCAGCAAUGGCAGCAGUAGCAGCAGCGGUUCUGUACCCUCAGCAGGCAGACGGCUGCAGCAGUCCCAGCAGCAGCAGCAGCAGCAACAGUACUCCGCCGUGCUAACUCCAUAUCGCCAAGUGGCAUCCGCUCUGCUGCCUGAUGAAGAGGCGAUGGAUGCCGAUAGCGGCAUCACACGAGCCCUGCUGCAGGCGGCCAGCAUUGCAGUGGUUUCAACUGCUUCCCCCCCACCCGCUGCAAGCACCACGGCUGCUGCCGCCUCAGCUCAGCUCUUGAGUGCGUGGCUUCGGAACCAAACUGGCUACAACAGCAGCACCAGCAGCAGCGGCGGCGUUGCGGGGUACAGCCCGGUGCAGUACUACCAGCUCGAGUGGAUGCUCGACUCUAUCAGCUCUGCUCCUCCUGGCAGCAGCAGCAGCAGCCCCCCCGGAGGUAGCGCUGCAAGCAACGGCAGCACCACCAACGCUGGGUUAAUGAGCAGCGACAGCAGCAUUGGUACCUCGGGGGCCUCCCUGCAAUGGGGAGCAGCAGGCAGAGGCGGAGCCAACAUGACCAUCGCUGCUGACGAACACAUUACCACCACCUACAUGGCUGACAUGCAGGACUUGCUGUACACUUUGGCAGUUGCGAUCGUACUCGUGGCAUGUGUAUCCGUGCUUCGCUUCAUCGCGGCCUUCCUAUACUGCUGGCUGCUUUCCUCGGAGGUACCGCCGUUCCUGUCUUUCCCUCGUCUGGAGAUGAUGGUUGGUGGGCUUGCGCUGGUUGCGCUGUCCUUCUACUCGUCCCUGGCACUGGGAGGUCCGGCUGCUGACUGGGCUGACAGCCGCACGGCAUCCAUCGUGGUGCUGCUCGGGGUGGUGCUACCGUACACGAUAUGGCUGUGGUGGCUGGCGCUGGGGCGACUCUGGCUUAUACGGACGGAGAAUCGAACACCUGCAGAUCUAUACGCUCGCGGUCCCCACUGGAAUCAGUUCACUGGUCCAAUGGUCGGCGAUAUCCAUCACGUCAGUCGCAGCAAAACGGAGAAGCCACGUCGUAUCAGCGCCGCUGCCACUCGGCGUUACGGCGUUGCUACUGUUGAUGAAGCUCGUGGCAAUCCCUCCGAAGAUGACAGGUACCUCGCGGGCCCCCAUUGGCGCACCACACAUGCCGCGACCGGAACCGCUGCGGGCACCAGCAGUCGAUCCGCCGCCACCUCGGUUAACGCGGGCGCGGAAGCCCGCGGCGUGAAGGGUGCUAUCAGUACGGAGCGCUGGGCGCAAGCGGCUGCUAACAAUGCUAACGGUUUCCUAGGGCGCAUGCGAAGGAGUCUCCUGUUGCAGAUUGGGGGAACUGCGGCUGCUGCUUCCCCUGGAGGCGGUGUCAACAGCGAGCAGUUACAGACCAGCGGCAGUGGCAGGCGUCCAAGGCCCCAAACCAUGAUUGCCGCCGGGUCGCAUGAGAUGGGCAGCGGACGCAGUGCAGACGGCCAAGACGUCAGCGAUGACCCACGGGUCGGCAGAGCCAGGCGUGCCCCUGCUGCUGCCCCCAGUGAAGCCUACCUGCACCAGCAGGUGAUGACAUCAGGUGCCAACCAAGCAAUUGUUGGCGGACGCAGCACGGACGGCCAGGCUUACGACGAUGAGCCUCGGGCUAGCAGGUCCAGGCGUGGUGCCGCAGCGCCCAUGGAGGCAUUUUCGCACCAGGUGAUGACGUCCGGUGGCUUUGUUCGCACCCGCCGUAAUGAGGUUGACGAGGAGGAAAGUCCCCCUACCAGCCGGCGCAAGCUGCGUGCCGGCGAAUCCGACGCGCCCCAUGUUGGCCAGCUGAUGACUGCUGGAGCUCAUCGCUCAGGACCCAAGCCGCGCAAACCCUCCUUAGAUGGUGGGGAUCCAGGUCCCAGCAGGCCUCCCAAAGCGGAACCCCCGCCGCAGGGCCCAAGCUACAUGCAGGUCAUGACAGCUGGCGCCGUCUUCAAAGCCCAAGAGGAUGACAUGGAGGACUUUGGGCCCAUCCGCCAGGACUCGGUCCCAGAACCCAGUAACCUCUCGAAGCCACAGACGCGGCUGCAGCCAAGCAACUCCACGAUGAUGGCCAUGCUGCUGAACCCCUUCGCGGUUCCCCGGGCGAGUCUGAUGAUGCCGCAGGGCAGUGGCGGCGGUGGGCUGCCCGCGGCAGCGGCAGCAGCUGGAGGCAACCUCCUGCGUGCUGGGCCGGCGGGUUACCAAGCUAACGAGGCCGCAGCAGGAAGGGGCAGGCGGCCCCGGGGUCCCGUUGCUGAGGCCACAGAGGACAUGGAGGCCGAUCCAAGACAGUCAAACCCGGGCGCCUCCCCCUCACGCCGUAUCCGGCCGUACCCGCAGGUGGCUCCAGCGGAGGGAGUAGGUGCCACUGCCUAUAGCGGCAGCCCCACCUCAGAUCCCGACCUCAUGAUGGUGUCAGCACGCAUCACGCCAGGACUAGCUGGGGACGACGAGGGCGUUGACGAGAAGUUCCGGAAUGUCAGUGGCGGCGGCGGCGCGCCCAGCCGUGCAGCGUCUAGGCGGCCGGCUAUCGGCAAUGGCGACCAAGACGAUGGAGAUGCGGUUGUGCGGAGCGCCGAGAUGCAUCCCCGGAGUGGCCAUGGCGGUCCUCCACUGGACCCGCUCCCAGGACUUCCCUGGUUCGCUCUCCACCGCUACCUGUCGCCCCCGCUGCCCGUUUGGCCGCCGCCGGCCCACCAGCAGCACGGGGCCCUCACCCGGCCCAGCCGACCCAGCGUCGUGAGCCUCACCGUGGAGGCCGCUGAUGCUGCUGCUGCUGCUGCUGCUGCACACCCGGUUCCUCCUAGGUUCAAGCAGCGCUGCAGCCUUCGACGGCCGGAUGAGGAGGAGAUGGUUGUGGCUGCCGAGUCGUUGCGUCAUGCGGGUGUGAUUGACACUCUGGCUGAUGUGGACGUCUUCGAUGUGUAUGUUGAUGACGAGGAGGAGGUGUUUCUGGCGUACGAGUACGGCUUCUACCUGCCAUUCUUCUGCGGUGUGGCAGCGCUGCCGCCUGCUGCCAGGCUGCGAUGGGAUGCGAACCCCUUGGCGGCUUCCUUCGUGGCCCGUUGCCUCAUUCCGAGUGACCGGGUGAUGGCUCGUUUCUCGUUUUUGUUUGAGGAUGCCCUGGGGGAUCCCAACGAGGACCCACGGGUCGUUCACCGUGCGCAUACGGAGCCCUUUGUCCUCCUCGCAACCCCCAUCAACUUCACCCACAAGGUCACGUGCGCAGUUGUGUUUGGCUACUUCGGCCUCUACCAGAAGAGCGUGUUGCAGCUCGGACUGCUGAUAGCACUGCAGGCCGUCAUGCUGGCCUUCCUGCUCCUCAUUCGGCCCUACCGGCGCAAGCUGCUGCAGGGGGUGGAGGUCCUGGCACACACGUUCGAGCUGGGGCUGUUUGUGUGCGCCCUGGCGGUGGCGGGGCACGCGCCCGGUGUGCCCGCCUUCCCCACCCUCAUCCUCCUGGCUCUGCUCAUGGGCACGUUGCUGCUGGUGGCGCUGUUUGAGCUGUACCGGCUGCUGUCGCUGCUGGCGCAGGCGGUCAGGCUUUUUUGGCAGAAGUGCUGCUGCGUUGUCAUGGUUUCGGCCCCGCAGCAGCAGCAGGACUGAUGUGGGCAAGUGGACAGGAUGCGGCGGGCAUGUGCCCGGGAAGCGUCCGGGAAGAAGCAAUAAGAGAGGUAUAUGGAAGAGAGGGAGGGCAUACAGCACACCCUCUCAUUCAUCUCCAACGGUAAAGCGUAGCAAGUGUGGUGAUGACGGUAGGAGCAGUGGCUGGGUCAGAAGGAAACCACGCAAUCGGCGUGGCGUGGUGGCGUUAAUUAUAAGGGCGGCUUGAGCGCAGGCGAACGCAUGGCUGUCGUCUGCAGUAGGGCGGGCUUUUGCUUGGUUUGGGUGUUUGGGGUUAGUAAGUAUGGGUUUGGGGCUCUAUAGGUGGGUGUGAAGGCCCAUGUUACAGGGGCACACACACGCAACACUGAAACUGGCAUUCAUUGAAAGUAAGGCCGGAUCCGCCGGCCGGAUAUGCAGCAGCGAACGGGCGUCACGGUUGACCUGGGGCAACAGUGCGUUGUAUGUGCAAUCAAGCAGUUCCUCGUUCACUGCUAGCUGCGUGUACUGCGUGUGCUGCGUAUGGUACUAUAAGCGUAACUUUGUGUGAAAGGGCAGUGCUGAAAACGCACCGGCUCGAGUUUUCAGAUGGAAUGAUGGUCAGGCAGGGGUGCCCUUGCUGCCGUGUCGUUGCUGCCGUACCUCCAACACGCAAGGUGGGACGUUGGUCGCGGGUGGUGAGUCAAUCCACCAUGAUGACUAACCACCACCAUGCAUGCGCUGGCAUGUGCACGCCAGCGUGACAUCCAGUUGGUGCCCGGGAUGUGACCCUCUUUCCUUUCCUGGCGUCGCCAUUGUAUUCAUUGUCAUCGAUCGAGUUCUUGGUCCAGUUUGCUAGAAACGGCGUGCGACAGUCUUUGUCAGUGGCUUAAUCUGGCGCAAUAUUAUAGUAUGUGUAGUUGAGACCCCUAUGGUUGGGGGUGCAUAUCCGGUGCUCAGGACGCUAGUGUUAGGUGGUGUGUAUUGCAAUGCGUUGACCAUCCUUUGGUUCAGCAUAGGGUUCGCGCGCAAACACCUCGACAUUAAAAUGUAAGCCUAAGGCC